AUGGCUGUGAAGAUCGAGAGGCGCUAUGGAUGGCCCAUGUACAUCGAGUGGACCCGGAACGGAGGUAAUGGGAAGCUGUACAUUGUGCAGGCUCGUCCGGAGACAGUUGCCGCUCAGAAUCACCAACAACGAGGAGCGCGGGGUGGGAGCCUGUGGUGCAGAAGGCCGGUGUUAGCUGCGUGCGUAAGUCAUGAGUUGCGUGACUUGAUCUGCCGCUCUGUCUCUGAGGCGGCUGCCAUCACCAACUGCGGUGGCCGCACUUGCCACGCAGCCAUCAUGGCGCAUAAGCUUGGCAUCCCGGCCAUCGUCGGUUGUGGAGAUGCCACGGACAAGAUCAAGGAGGGCGACGUUGUCACGGUGUUUUGUGCCGAGGGCGACACCGGGUACAUCUACAAGUUCAAGAAGAACGCUUGA